CAUUUCCUCCGCAUCCACACACCUCAAAGGGGUACAAGUCCUUCCCUUAGCUUCAGAGAGUCCGCCUGACCGCCAGACCUUCUGCGGUCCCGCUAGCUCUAGCUCCGCCAGGGUGGUGGGUGGUGCUCGCACCGCCCCCACCUUCCCCUGGGGCCGCGGAGAGCCGCGCGCUGGGCAUGUGCGCGCGCGCACGGGCUUGGUAGGGAAAUCUUCCCUGGAAGCUGCCGAGUGUUGCUGGCGGAGAGUAUCCUGGGGCAAAAGCCUCCAAAGCACUAGGGCUUCCUUAAACAGAGUGAAAGAAAAAACGAGAAGGGAAACCGUUCCCGAAGGCCGGGGUUUCCAGUGGUCUUGGAUCCUCCCGGCGCUGGGUAGAGGCGCAGUUGGCAGCAGCGGCUGCUGACACCCGGACUUAGAAAGACGGCUUUCCCCUCUUCCGGGAGGAGGGAGGUGAGGGACUUGCAGACAAGAGUUGCACCUGGUCUAGGAACCUGCAGAGAGAACUCUGGGGAAGAGAACGGCCCCGAGCGGAGCAGAGCACAGCAGCCACCCUCUGACCAUGCCCCGGUGAGGGGGGCGGACUUCGAGGGCAACUUGUCGCGGACUGCCUGGGUUUAGCCAGGGAACUCUACCAGCUGCCGGGAGCCCGGAACUGCACCGCGCGGCCCGGCGGGGGGCUAUCGUCUAUGUCUUCUUGGGGCGCCAGGAGGAUCGGGGUCUUGGUUUUGCAGAAAGAGCCCAGCGCUGGUGGCUUCAGGUGGCUGCCGUCGCCACCACCGCUGUUAGUGCUGUUCCCACCGCUGGUGCGAGGAGCAGGGACACGCGAGCCGGGAGACCUCCGAGGCCGCGAGGCAUCGGACAUGUGUCAGCACAUCUGGGGCGCACAUCCGUCGAGCCCGAGGGGAGAUUUGCCGGAACACUUCAAACUGCGAUAUUGAUCUUGGGGGGUGACUGUCCCUGGCUGGCUGCCGGGUGGGAGUGCGAGUGUGGGCUCGCUUGGGAGUGUGUGCGUGUGUGUAUGUGUGUGUGCCGUGUUGGGCUUCCCCCUUCCCCCUGUUUUCCCGUCGAGUGAUGCACUUGGAAUGAGAAUCAGAGGAUGGAAAUAGUCUGGGAGGUGCUUUUUCUUCUUCAAGCCAAUUUCAUCGUCUGCAUAUCAGCUCAACAGAAUUCACCAAAAAUCCAUGAAGGCUGGUGGGCAUACAAGGAGGUGGUCCAGGGAAGCUUUGUUCCAGUUCCUUCUUUCUGGGGAUUGGUGAACUCAGCUUGGAAUCUUUGCUCUGUGGGGAAACGGCAGUCACCAGUCAACAUAGAGACAAGUCACAUGAUCUUUGAUCCCUUUCUGACGCCCCUUCGCAUCAACACUGGGGGCAGGAAGGUAAGCUGCCAUGUUGCUUCCAUCAUGAAAUUGAAGACAGGUGAUGCUAAUUCUGAAAACUGA